AUGACCGGUUCAGAGAACAGUGCCGAAUCAGACGGAAUGGCACAACAGAUGCUGAAAGAAGCACUUGAGAAGAUAGAAAGGAUGGGGCUAGAAAUGCGUCAAAUGCAGUUAGCCCUAGCCAAGGUACAAAAGGAACCCGAAUCAUCCAUUGCCCCUCAUCUUCCAUCGGGGCAUACUCCGGAAUAUCCUCACCACGACCCUUCAGCAAAUCAGCAUUACUCUCAAGAAAGGGGCCAUUAUGAUACCCAAGCUCCCCCACCAAAUACGAACCCUCCACCACCAAGUGCGCCAAUUUUUAUGGCACCACCCCCACUGCAAAGGCCUCUGAAUGAGCCGUUGUUCCAAGCUCAUGACACACAAUACUUCCCUCCUGAACCUACAUUCAAAGCACCUGAGCCAUAUGCUUAUAAACCCCACUUUGAGAUCCCGGUGGAAAUUGAAAGGCCGGACAGGAGCGCAGAGCAGGACGAGUUGACACGGAAGUUCAAAAGCCUGGAGCAGUCCUUCAGGAGCAAGCAUGGUUUAGAUAAUCAUGUCAGUAUGGCAUACAAGGAUCUGUGCCCUUUCCCUAAUGCCCGACUGCCUGCCGGGUUCAAGAUGCCAAAGUUUGAUCUAUAUGAGGGGCAUGGCGAUCCUGUAGCACAUUUACGGGGUUUUUGUAAUACGAUGAGAGGAGCGGGAGGCAAAGAAGAGCUACUGAUAGCUUACUUCAGCCAGAGUUUGAAGGGGGCAGCGUUGGAAUGGUAUACCCGCCAAGAUCCCAGCAAGUGGUACACCUGGGACGAUCUCACACAAGCUUUCACAGCUCAAUUCCACUACAAUCUUGAGAUAGUCCCUGACCGCCUCACCAUACAGAAAACCAGACAGAAGCCCGGGGAGAGUUUCCGUGAAUUUGGUUUCCGAUGGAGAGAUCAGGCAGCAAGGGUGGAUCCUCCCAUGAAGGAAGGAGAGAUGGUAGACUACUUCCUACAAACACUGGAGCCGACUUACUUUGGUCACUUGGUGACAACGGUCGGUAAAUCAUUCAACGAAGUAGUAAAGAUAGGGUCCAUGAUAGAAGAAGGGUUGAGAGCUGACAGACUCUUGAAUUACUCAGCACUCAAGGCGACGACCCAUGCGAUUCAAGGCGGAACGGGGGGUGCUCCAGGAAGGAGAAAGAAAGAAGAAGUUGCUACAGCAGAAACCAGCACUUGGUCCAAGCCCAACUACCCAGCACCUCCACAUACCCCAUAUAAUCCUCCUCCACAACAUUACUAUCCACCACCAGAACCGCACUUCUCUGUUUACCAAGCUCAGACAUACACUCAACCCCCGGCACACCCGCAAUGGCGUGCGCCGAUUCCCCAAAUCACAUAUCCACCUCCACAAAACACCUAUCUACCUCCACAAAACACGUAUCCGCCACCAAGAGCCUACAGGAACCCUCCAGGAGCAGGUGGCCGGGGAAAUCAAGCCUUCAGAAAUGAAAGGGUGCAAAGACGGACCUAUACUGAAUUGGGAGAAACUUAUACCGCCUUAUUCCACAAAUUAAGGCAGUUGGGUUUGUUGAGUCCCGUGGAGAAUAGGUUGCCAAAUCCCCCACCCCCGAAUGUGGACCGAUCGCUAAGCUGCGAGUACUGCUCAGGAAUGCUGGGGCAUGAUACGGAGAAAUGUUGGAAGCUAAAGCGUGCGAUACAGGAUCUUAUUGAUGCCAACAAAAUUGAGGUUCAGGCGCCGGAGAAAGAAAAAUCGAUCAGCAAGAAAGCAGUCAGACAGAUGGAAGAAAGGGACGUCAAGCCAGAUGGGGUUGAGCCAAGGUUUUCUCUUUACUGGUUCUGA